CGUCUGAGAGCAGCUCUAAUGACUCAAAUCGAUGACUGUAAUGGCGAAGAACAAAGCAAGGCUAAGGAUAGCUCACGAUGAAAUCUUGUAUUCGUAAUUUUGGGGUCCAGGCGUCCAGAAACUCAGUAACGACCAGAAGAUGCCAGGCUACGUGCUUUCCAAUGCUGAGAAACAACGGCUCGGCUCCAAGUAUACUUGUAGUUCAUGUGGUUAUCUUUUACGGGAUGCUAUGCAAACUUCUUGUGGUCAUUUCUACUGUAGUUCUUGUUUGGCCAGCUUAUUUCAAGAUGGAUCUACAAGAAUGACCUGUCUACAGGACCAGAAAGAGUUUCUCCCAAAUGAGGUUUUUCCUGAUAACUUCAUGAGACGUGAAGUACAAGCCUUUGUUGUUAAUUGUACUUUUGAGGAGGAAGGAUGCAAUUGGAAAGGAGAAGUCAGACACCUAGAGAACCACUUGAGUAACUGUGAGUUCCUUAAAAUUCCCUGUGUACAUCCUGAGUGUGGAGCACAAGUGAAAAAAUCACAUCUUACCCAACACUUGGAAAAGGAAUGCAAGUGCAGACUGGAAACCUGUGGAUUCUGCAAGAAGCAAAUCAAACUUAAUAAGAUGAAGCAUCAUCAUGAGACAGAUUGCCCAGCAUAUCCCGUUGUAUGUCAAAAAUGCAAUAAAGAUGGAAUUCCUAGAACAAAGCUUUUACAACAUCAAGAUCCAAUAAUGGGAGACUGUGAUAGUGUACAGGGACCAUGCCCAUUUUCACAGAUUGGCUGCUCUGCGACUGAGGCCCUCACCCAAAAGCAGAGGAAAGAGCACCUGGAGAAACAUAAUACAUUCCACACCACUCUGCUUUUACAUUAUGCUAUACGAAUGAGCAAAGAAAUGGAAGCACUUUUAGUGGGUGAUCCCAGAAUUGUGUCUAGAAACCCACACAUCCUCUCAAAUUACGACAGUGUAAUUGCAGAUCUUCUCGCUCAAGUUCAAACUCAGGUGGGUGAAACGAGGAAUUUACGCGAAAAAUGCCGAGAGCACAGUGAGAGAAUUACCGCCUUGGAGAGGAAAGUGGCUUCAGGAAAUCUGUCGGGUUCCGCUACAACUGCCCAAAUACCUGGCGAGUCCAGUGGUGGUAUUCAAAACCCAGAAGUUACACGAAGGGUUACCAACGUUGAAAACCGAACCGCUGAUCACGAAGUUCUUCUUGUAGAGAACAAUCGCACAAUGGAGGAAGUUAGACGUGACGUGGGUAAUAUGAAAAGGCAACUUGAUACCACCCAGGAGAGUACCAGAAGGCACGACAGAAGGAUUGAAUCUAUAGAGCACACACUGGCACUCAGGAACGUAACCCUGGCUGAUUUGGAGGAGUAUGUAAAACAGCAAGAGUUCUCAAGCUACGAUGGCCAGCUGUUGUGGAAGAUUCCUGAUUAUGCUCGCAAACGAAAUGACGCAGUGACAGGCCAACAAGUCUCUUUCUAUAGCCCUUGUUUCUACACCAGUCGCUAUGGCUACAAAAUGUGCGCCCGCAUUUACCUGAACGGGGACGGAAUGGGAAAAGGAACGCACAUCUCGAUCUUCUUUGUGGUCAUGCGCGGUCAGUAUGACGCGCUGCUCCGUUGGCCAUUCAGACAGAAAGUCACCUUCAUGUUGCUGGACCAGGAUAACGUGGAACACGUGAUUGACGCCUUCAGACCCGAUCCGAACAGCUCAUCUUUCCAGAGGCCAAGAAGAGAAACAAACAUCGCCAGUGGGUGUCCAAUGUUCUGCUCGCUUGCUGAGCUGAAUAAUCACGCAUAUGUCAGGGAUGACGCCAUGUUCCUGAAAAUAAUUGUGGAUAUUUCUGAUCUGUGAAUGGGAACUUUGAGUUGCGGUUUGUCAUUUGUUUUGAAAUUACCUUCUUCUUUAAUUUAACAUUACCAUUGCUCUGACAUGGCUUGUACAUGCUGCAUAAGUGAUACAUGGCAGUUGUUAUCGUUUGUUUUGUACCUGAAGUGACGAGCAUUUUCUUCGUUGGGCAGCACAGUUUUAAUUUUGAUUUGAUGUUCUGAUCUCAAUGUGAUGUAAAGGGAAGUCUGUUUCUCUUUAUUACAAUUAUGGCAGUUGAAGCUAUCAGCUUGCUCUCCGUCAAGUCGUCUUAAUGUUAUACCUUUACCCUCACCCACGAUCGAUUACGGUGUAAGUUCGAUGUUCGGCAUGAAGCGUUAUGCAGAGCUAUAGUAAAUAGUAUUGUUUUGUCUCCAACUAAAUUAUAUGUCAUAUGAUUUUUUCUGGAUUUGAUAAUUUAUGAUGAUAUUGCUAUGCAAUCGAUGUAGGUGCAAUGUUUUUCUAAAACGGGUAAUUCGGUAGCUGUUUGCUUUAGCGAAUGAGAUAUAGUGGUAAGAAGUAAACGUAAUUCGGAGUGACUUUAGCUAAAGUUGACGAUUUAAUUAUUUUUCCUACGUUUGGCUGAUUUUGAUUUUUGCAGUUUUGCGGUUAAGAUUGGUUAAAACCAUAACAAUUUUUGCGCAACUCCUAUUUAGUGCUCAGCAUCUACACACUAGUGAGUUUGUUGUACACGUGAUAUAAUGCUUAAUUAGUAACCUUACGCUUAGACAGUAACAGUUUUGGUUUAUGUUGUGUGAGUUGCGUUAUGCGCCCACUGAGGCACAAUCCGUUUCCGAUGGCGAUGAAGAAUGAUCAGUUUUGAAUCAACGAAAAUAAAAUGAGUGUUUAGCUUCGGUAAACCAAAUUUUGAUUAUGAAGAAACGGAAGCAUACAGUGUAGGCAAUGUUCUCUUUUGUUUUAAUGUUGUGGAAUACCUUUUCCGCGAUGCGUCGAGAAUUCAGACUUCAGCUGGACUGCGGCGCCAUCGAGAGGAUCUCUUCAAUAUUUUUUUAAAGAAAGUUUUACCAUUCUUGGAAGUUGGUUUUGAAGCAUGUAAGGAGUGUGAAGUCACGUCUGCAGGCGUCACCGUUAACGAUUAUAGUGCAUUCGAUUCUCCCUUAAGACUAUCUAAAACUUCAGCUUCGCUACGAGAGCUGACUAUUAUGGCGGUCUCAGUCACGAGGAAAAUUUUCGUUAUUUUUCGAAAAUGGUUGCUUGAGAUGGUCAAUCAGAGAAUUUGCAAUGUCUUUUUUGGUGUCUUUUGUGCUGACCUCCUCGCGGUGGACACUGGAAACGCUUUUUGUUUGUUAAGUGGGGGUCUCUUUGUGAUUUCUUUUUUCGCUCAAAGCAAAAACAAUUAAAGACCUGGGAAGAACUGCCAGUGAUAAAUUGUCUGCUGGAUCACAGACGUAAGUUCGUUAAACUAAGGGAAAAACUAUGGAAAGUCAUUCACUAACCCCACUCUCCUUAUGUGUUGUGGGAAAUCAUUGUAAGAUUUAGCUACAGGGAAGAUCUCUUCGACUUGAAGAUUUUUUUUCUUUCGUGAUCGAAGCGUUUGAGACAAAAAACAGUAUGUUUUCAGUUUUGUUUUUGUGAGUGAAUCGAGUUCAAGGGACCGAGUCAAGGUGUCAUCUGGAAUAAAGCGGCUAACAGCGCACAUUUCGGGGGCAGUGUAUGCGUGGGUUGUCGAGGGUUUCCACCUAGUCGAACGUGAAGUUAUAACAUUCCACAACAUAAAACCGAAUGGGGUCACCUUCUCUCAGAGCGUAUCUUUGUCUUUUUUAUUUCUCGAAGGGACCAGUUACUAUCUAUGCACGCAAGUAGACUCAAAUAAUGUCGCGAAAAUACCCGAACUGAUAGAUUUGUCUACUCAGAGCAGUUAAAAAUUGAAUUCAGUUAUUGCAAAGAUUAAUGUAACACACCAAGUGAAACUAGCUAAUUGUACUUGAAAUUACUUCACGUUAGUUAUACGCUAUCGCUUGAUUUUUCUUCCACAGUUAAACUAUAUUUUGUUACUUUACUGUUUUAUUUAAACAUGGUGUAAACUUUCUUGCAGAGAGGGCCAAUAAAAUAUGAAAAUGUAA